AUGGCGGGCGCGCGCCCCGAGGGCGGGCCUGGCGCGGGCGCUGCUGCUGCUGCUGCUGCGCCGGAUGGGAAGAGACGACAGUUCGGGAACCGGCUUCUGGACGACCCGACGCGCGUCUUCCACCACAAUGCCUGGGACCAUGUGGAGUGGUCGGAAGAGCAGGCCGCGGCGGCCGAGAGGAAGGUGCGGGAGAACAGCUGCCAGCGGGUGUGCCUGGAGAAACAAGCUGAUUAUGAGGUCAAUGCCCAUAAGUAUUGGAAUGACUUCUACAGAAUUCAUGAAAAUGGGUUUUUCAAGGAUAGGCACUGGCUCUUUACUGAAUUCCCUGAAUUGGCACCUAGCCAAAGCCACAAUCACUUAAAGAACAAAAAUGAAAGCCUUGAAUGUAGAAGCAACGAGAAAGGACCUGGCUUUACGGAUGAACAGCACAGGUGCUCUUGCCCCAGCCCUGGGUAUGAAGCACAGGGGCCUCCUGUGGAAGAAAAUGUCUCUCAGAAGCUCAGUCACCUGGAAAUCUGUGCUGAUGAGUUUCCUGGGUCCUCAGCCACCUGCCGGAUACUUGAGGUUGGUUGUGGUGUGGGAAACACAGUCUUCCCAAUUUUGCAAAUUAACAAUAACCCAGGCCUCUUUGUCUACUGUUGUGAUUUUUCUUCCACAGCUGUAGAAUUAGUCCAGACAAAUUCAGAGUAUGAUCCUUCUCGCUGUUUUGCCUUUGUUCACGAUGUAUGUGAUGAAGAUCAGAGCUACCCGAUGCCUAGAAACAGUCUUGAUGUCGUCGUCCUCAUAUUUGUUCUUUCAGCACUUGUGCCUGACAAGAUGCAGAAAGCUAUCAGUAGACUCAGCACUCUUCUAAAGCCUGGAGGAAUGAUGCUUCUGCGUGAUUAUGGCCGCUAUGACAUGGCUCAGCUUCGCUUUAAAAAAGGUCAGUGUCUAUCCGAAAAUUUCUAUGUAAGAGGUGAUGGCACCAGAGUCUACUUCUUCACACAAGAUGAGCUGGAUACACUUUUUACCACUGCGGGACUGGAAAAGGUGCAGAACCUGGUAGAUCGCCGAUUGCAAGUGAACCGAGGGAAGCAGCUGAUGAUGUACCGAGUCUGGAUUCAGUGCAAAUACCGCAAACCUCUUGGGCCCAGCACUAGUUGAGAGACACAGCUCCUGCAGCAUGAGCUCAUUGUGUUUACGGUGCGCUUUAAGAAGACAUCUGUAGCCUGGCGUGGUGGCGCACGCCUUUAAUCCCAGCACUUGGGAGGCAGAGGUAGGAGGAUCACUGAGAGUUCAAGGCCACCCUGAGACUACAUAGUGAAUUUCAGGUCAGCCUGAGCCAGAGUAAGACCCUACCUUGAAAAACAAAAAAAAAAAAAGAAGAAGACAUCUGUGAAUGACGGCUUGCUGAUGUUGAA